AUGAGGAUCAAUGUCUCAAGAUUGGAAGCUUCAAACAAGCCGUUUAUUUGGGUUUUAAGUGGGGCAGCAAGUGCUUCAGAAGAACUACAGAAAUGGUUAAAGGAAUAUGGAUUUGAAGAAAGGACCAAGGAUAGAGGGUUGAUGAUCCGGGGUUGGGCCCCACAAGUGCUGAUUUUAUCACAUCCUUCUAUUGGAGUGUUCUUAACACAUUGUGGAUGGAAUUCUAUACUUGAAGGAAUAUGUGCAGGGGUUCCUAUGGUUACCUGGCCACUAUUUGGUGACCAUUUUUAUAAUGAAAACUUGGUUGUGAAUGCUUUGAACAUAGCUACAACUCUUUGGGUGGAAGAUUCGAGUAAAUGGGGAGAGGAAGAGAAAGUUUGGGUAAUGAACGAUAAGGGAGAAAGAGUUAAGAAUGUUUUAAACGAAAUGUUGGAUGGUGGAGAAGAAAGCAAGGAAAGAAGAAAAAGAAGUAGAAAGCUUCAAAAGAUGGCCGAGAAAACUGUUGAAGAAGAUGGAUCUUCAUACAUUAAUAUGACAAUGUUUAUGGAGGAAAUUAUGAAGCUUGGAAGUAGUGAUUAA